GCGCGGAGCCCACACCGCCGCCGUGAAACUGGCCGAGCGCGACAUGGCGGAGCGCAAGGCCAGGUUCCAGCAGUGGGUCGCCAAGCAAGCUGUGGGCGGUGGCGGCGGGCUCCACGCGGUGGCUAGCUUGCCGAUCGGCUUCGCGGAGAGCCCCAUGCUGCACACCAGCACCGCGGAGACGCACGCGCCCUUCUGCGAGCCCGCCGACCUCGCCGCGGAGGUCACUGCCCUGGAG